AUGGGGAUGCUGGCCAUCAAGAAAUUCUUGGACUUGAAAGUCAUGUAUUUGGCCGGAAGGGAGGGAACUGUUGGGCUGCUAGAAUCCGAGUCCGACAGAAGGCGGAAGGGAACACUACUUCACUCGUAUGAACUCGCCAUCUCAGAGCUCCGACUCCCUUUGCAGCUGUCGGGGAUGAUUCUACGACGGCUCCGAAUGUCAGCUAUGUUUAUUCGACCUCGCAAUUCGACGACUUUGUAUUUAAACUAUCAUUUUUUCAUUCCUUCAGAGCAUUAUACUUGCAAAACACUCAGUCUCAUAGGCUUCUCUGAUACCUUCAACUUUCGCUACACUCACAUCGUCUUCUACUCGUCAUCUGGGCCUGAAUCUUAUGAUUAUUUAACACAAUUUCUACCUUUUGGGACCUCCAGUUCUGUUUUUUCAAGCGUAACUUGUCCUAGGGAACGGCGAAAAGUAGUAGUGGGAUUAUCCAAGAUCAUUAAGGAUGAGAAUGGUUUUGUGUUGAAGAGAUUUAAACGAGAUUUUUGUCCACUCUUUCUUGUGAGGGUUAUGACAUUGUUGGAGACCCGGGAAGCUGCAUUUGCAUUCUUCAAACUAGCAUUAGGGGAUAAUGAUUCUGAGGAGACUGUUCGAUUGUGUUGCAUUGCGGCGGGUAUUUUAGCUGCACAGAAUCUUAGGUAUUUUGCGCAAGACAUGGUUUCAUGGGUAAUUGCAAGGAUGGGAGCUAGCAAAAGCAAACAACUUGUGCAGUUUAUGUGGAAGAUUCACUCCCACUAUGAGUCUGAUUUUUCUGUCCUGGAUACCCUUAUGAGGGGCUUUUUGAAUGCGGAAAUGAGUUCAGAGGCAUUGGAAAUUUUGCAUAAAAUGAGGGAUGUGGGAGUUGUGCCAAGUGCAUCUGCAAUAACCAUUCUUAUUAAGUUGUUACUUAGAAUUGGUGAUUAUAGUAGUGUGUGGAAGAUACUUAAAGAUAUGCUCCGUAGAGGGCCAUAUCCUUGUAAUAUAACGUUUAACGUGAUGAUUUAUGGGUUUUGUAGACAAGGGUGGCUUGUAGGUGGAGAAAGUUUGUUACAUUUGAUGCAAAAGUUUGGGUGCAAUCCUGAUGUUGUUACGUAUAAUAUUGUUAUUAAUGCAUACUGCGUUUGGGGGAAGACUUCAGUUGCGGUGGAUUGGUUGCAAUUCAUGAUCAAAUGUGGUUGCAAACCGAGCAUUGCAACAUUUAAUACCAUUGUUCAUGCGUUUUGUAGGGAGGGAAAUGUGACUGAGGCAAGGAAAUUUUUUGAUACAUUUCAAGAUAUGAAUGUUACUCCAAAUACUGUGAUGUACAACACGCUGAUGGAUGGAUAUGUCAAGGCGAGGGAAGUUGGUCAAGCAAACAUGCUUUAUGAAGAAAUGAGGAGUAAAGGCAUCUGUCCUGACUGUGUAACUUUUAAUAUUUUGGUUGCAGGCCAUUAUAAGUAUGGUAGAAAAGAGGAUGGGAAUAGUUUGUUAACAGAUUUAUCUGUUCAAGGAAUCCUUCCAGACUAUUCAUUGUAUGACAUAACAAUCUCGUGCCUGUGUUGGGCGGGAAGACUUAAUGAGACUGCAAAACUAUUAGAAGACCUGCUUGAAAAGGGAAUACCUCUUAGUGUAGUUGCCUUUAACACUUUAAUUGCAGCCUAUAGCAGGGCUGGGUUAGAAGACAAGGCAUUUGAAUCCUAUAAAACUAUGAUUAAAUGUGGUUUGACUCCUUCACCCUCCACAUUUAAUUCUUUGCUUAUGGGUUUGUGUUGGAAAGGGAGGAUGCUAGAAGCCAGGACGCUUUUUGGUAGGAUCUCAAAGAAAGGCCUUCCCCUCAACAAAGUGGCUUAUACAGUUCUUUUGGAUGGAUACUUUAAGAUGGGUGAUCUCUACGGGGCUAAGUCUAUCUGGACUGAAAUGAAAGAAAGUGGUGUAUAUCCAGAUGCUGUUGCCUUUUCAGCCUUAAUUGAUGGGCUCUCAAAGUCAGGCUUGGUUGAGGAGGCACACAAAAUGUUCUUAGAAAUGUCAGCCGAAGGUUUUGUUCCUAAUAAUUUUGCAUACAAUUCUUUAAUUCAUGGGUUUUGUGACUGUGGGAAAAUGUAUGAAGCAGUAAGGUUGGAAAAAGAGAUGAGGCUAAAAGGUCUCCUUCCUGAUACCUUUACCCUGAAUAUAAUUAUUGGUGGGUCUGUAAACAAGGGCCAAAUGAAGCCUGCACUUGAUGUGUUUUAA